GACGCUAGUUUCCGGCGGGCUUUUUAGAGUGACGAUCAGCUUUGGGCCCGAGGACCAUGAGAGGGCCGGAGCCGGGUCCUGAAUCUACCAUGGAGGGGGACGUGCUGGACACCCUGGAAGCUCUGGGGUAUAAGGGACCAUUGUUAGAAGAACAGGCGCUUUCCAAGGCAGCAGAGGGUGGACUGUCUUCACCGGAAUUUUCAGAGCUCUGUAUUUGGUUAGGUUCUCAAAUAAAGUCCUUAUGCAACCUGGAAGAAAGUAUUACUUCAGCAGGAAGGGAUGACCUAGAGAGCUUCCAACUUGAGAUAAGUGGUUUUUUAAAAGAAAUGGCCUGUCCGUAUUCUGUACUCAUAUCAGGAGAUAUUAAAGACCGCUUACAAAAGAAAGAUGACUGCUUGAGACUUCUGUUGUUUUUAAGUACAGAGCUUCAAGCUUUACAGAUAUUACAGAACAAGAAACGCAAAAAUUCUCAAUUAGAUAAAAACAGUGAGAUUUACCAGGAAGUUCAAACUAUGUGUGAUAUCCUUGGGAUACCCAAAUCAAACACUUCUGACAUUCCACUUAUGCUAAACCAAGUGGAAUCAAAGGUGAAGGAUAUUCUCUCUAAAGUCCAGAAAAAUCAUGUGGGAAAACCACUACUAAAGAUGGAUUUAAAUUCAGAACAAGCAGAAAAACUGGAAAGAAUUAAUGAUGCCCUUUCUUCUGAGUAUGAAUGCCGCCGGCGGAUGUUAAUGAAACGGUUAGAUGUGACAGUACAGUCCUUUGGAUGGUCAGAUAGAGCCAAGGUAAAAACAGAUAAUAUAGCAAGAAUUUACCAGCCCAAGCGCUAUGCUUUGUCACCCAAGACAACAAUUACGUUGGCACACCUGCUUGCUGCUCGCGAAGACCUGUCUAAGAUCAUCAGGACCAGCAGCGGCACCAGUCGGGAGAAGACGGCAUGCGCCAUUAAUAAGGUGCUGAUGGGAAGGGUGCCUGAUAGGGGAGGACGGCCUAAUGAAAUUGAACCACCACCUCCUGAAAUGCCCCCUUGGCAAAAGAGACAAGAAGGCGGAGGAAGGGGUGGUUGGGGUGGGGGAGGUGGAGGUGGUGGUAGAGGUGGUGGGGGUGGAAGAUUUUUUUUUGGAGGAGGUGGUAGUGGUGGAGGUGGUGGUAGAGGAGGUUUCCAAGGCAGGGGAGAUUAUGGUGGGAGGGGAGAUUAUGGUGGAAGAGGGGGCUAUGGGGGAAGAGGGGGCUAUGGGGGAAGAGGCUAUGGAGAUCCAUAUGGUGGAGGUGGAGGUGGUGGUGGGUAUAGAAGAUAUUAAAAAGUACAAAAAUUAGAGAGCAGUGCUUCUUGCUAGAUACAGUAGGCAUAGUGUUCUAAUAAUGUACUUGAACAUCAUCUUUGAAGGAAAUUGUUAAGACUCCCUGAGGUGUCAUCCUUAAAGAUGCAAGAGCGUUGUUUUAUACUAUCAGUUGAUCUCUCAACAGAAUUUUCCAUAUUCUGUGUACUCUUGAGCAUGUUGUGUUUUUUUAAGAAACAAAAAACAAAAAAACUAUUUUUUAAAAUGUAAAUAUUUAUUACCAGCACACUUGGAAAAUGGAAUGUAUUUUAUUGUCAUGAUUGAAUUUAGACUGUUAACUGGUAUUUUGUUCAGGGUUGAAACACGUAAACAACCCCACCUGUAACAUAAAGGAAAAUAGAUUUUGUCUUAUUUGAAUUCCUGUGGACGUGUCCUAAAUGUGUUAAUUCUAUUUUACAAAAUAGAGAAAAUGUCUAAGAGUUGUGUUCAAUAGGUAGUUCUCAUGGUUUUUCAAGAGGAUGGGAUUCCUUUGGUCAGGUUUCUAUUAAAUUUCCUUUAACUGAAGCCGAAGUUGUCUUUUAUUUUUGGCUAUGUGUAUGUGAUUUAUUUCCCAGUUGGAGUUAAACCAAUGUGAUUAACUGAGUAGAUAAGUUAAAAAUUGAGAAUUCAGAAUUAACUUUAAAGGAACAGAGAUAUACAUCAAUUUUUAUAUGAUGGUUGAAAAAUAUUCCUGUUCCUACAAAAUGCCCUCAGUUUGGAUCUAUCAAGUUUUAAAAGUCCAACUGAGCAGUUUCACACAAUAUUAAGGGCAUUGUCUCUAGUGUCAGUAGAUCAGAGAUAGAGUCAAGGCAUCCAUGGUGAUUGGUUCACAGCAUAAUUUGGGAAACACCAACUUAGGGAAUAUCUAUAUGUGAUUGGCGAUUGAAACAAUCAAAGGCUUUGGUGAUCAGGAGUUCUGAAUUCAGAUUAUGACACUAGACCACAGGUGCUUUGUGUUGUAUUGAAUUUAGCUCUCUAUGAUUAAUUUGUUUUCAGUUGUGAAAUGAGAAAUGGGACAUGCUGAAGUUACUUGUUGAAAUUUUAUAGAGGGUCUAUUGUGAAUGGUUUAAGAAGUGUAGGGUAUUUCUCUCUUAGUGUUAAGAGGAAGAGAAGGGAGCUGGUAUAUGAGUUACUUUCCUCAUGACUAUGAGCCAUACCUGACAAGAUGAUUCGUAGGGGAGUAAAGGUUUCUUUGUCUCAUGGUUCCUGUUCAUAGUCCAUAAUGGCAGGGAAGAAAGACAUGGUAGAGGAACCUAUGGAGACUGGCCACACCGAGUGUGCAUUCAGGAAGCAGGAAGAUAAAUGCUUGCCCAUUGGAAGUCCUUUACCCGCUUCAAUUCCAUCUUACCCCUAGCCUGGAGGAUGGUGCCAUCUUCUUUUAGGACGGGAUUUUCUUUCCUGAGUUAAACCUGUCUGGAAACACUCACAAACAUGCCUAGAGGUCUGUGUCCUAGGGGUUCUAAAUCCAGUGUGGUUGUCAAUGGAGAUGACUGGUAGCCUGGGCUGGUCUCAAACAUGAUUUCAAAGUUGGCAUCCCCCUGCCUCAGCCUGUUGAGAGCUAGAAUUACAGGCUUGUACCAUUAUGCCUGCUCUUUACUUUUAAUGUUUUUUAACCCUCAAGAUUUACAUAAAUAUGGCAGACACAUUAGUUUAUUUCUUUUAAGUUUUUUUCCCUUCCUGCCAUGCCUUUUGGGCUCUCCACCACAUGUCAGUCACCGUGAGUCUUACCUGAGUCAAGCACUUCUGGAAUCCCAUUCCUAUUUUACACGUCUGUGAUUUCACUUGCAUGAAAAGCUGUUGUCUAGAGUUUAUAAUCUCAUAGGUGAAGUUUUCAGAAAAUCUUUGUUCAAAACUUCAUUGAAGAACAGUUUACUGAGCAAUAUUUGGAACAGCAGUAAGGUGAUUUAGGGCUUUUAUGUAAAGGGUCAUGAUGUGAAAAUGCUUUAUAAAUAAACAGAAUGUGGCACAGACGGAGACUACUGCUGAACGGCAUCUUACUACUUCUAACCUUAACACCUUUCUCUUAGUGAUUUUUUUUUCUCCUUGCUUUUCAGUUUCAUUUUUUAUUUUCUGUUUUCACAUUUUCUAUCCCUCUUUUUUUCUUGUCUUUAUCUAGCACCUAUGAACACCUGUGAACAUGAUCGUACUAGGAAUUUGUAGAUAGAUGUUUUACCUGACUUUUCCUCUGGGCUAAAGAACAUAUGUGCUGUUCAUAUAAAAUUACCACACAGUUAUUCAUGAAGUUUUAUUAAAAGUAAACUGGUACUUUC